AAGCCGACGGCCAUCCGCCAAUGGAGGAAAUGCACACAGGCAGUCCAGCAACAGACCCCCCCCUGGCGCCGGCCGGCCCAAACCCCGCCCCCAAGCCCAAGCCCCAGGUUCCGCAGUGUAAGGCGCUGUACGCCUACGAUGCCCAGGACACCGACGAGCUCAGCUUCAACGCUGACGACCUCAUCGAUAUCAUCAAGGAAGAUGCAUCUGGUUGGUGGACCGGGAGACUGCGUGGGAAACAGGGCCUGUUUCCUAACAACUACGUCACCAAGAUCUAACGCCAACCAAUGAGAAUCCUACCUCCACACGAGGACCAAUCGGAGACCAGCACAUGCUUCCUGACUCCUCCCUUUCCAGGAAGAGAGGAUGCACCCACCCAUCAGAGAGACCGAGAGGGAGAAGGGAGGACUGAGAGAGAGAAGAAGAGACAGAGCCUGCUCUCUUUUGCUAUAGACCCAGGAUGCAUCCUGUUGCCAUGGGCAACCCAGAGGAAGUGAUGGGUAAAGACUUUCUGGUUGAGGAGAUGGGAAAGAGUCCUGCAGACUUUUUCUCUCCAGGGCUCAACACGGACCCUGUGAGCACUGAACAAGAACAAACUAUUUAUUGUAUUUAUAGCUUUCUAUAUAUAUAUAUAUAUAUAUAUAAAUAUAUAUAUGCUGUAUAUUGUUUUCACCUGGCAACAAUAUUUAAGGUGAGUUCAUUUUGGACAGGUGAAGUAUUUGGUUAUAGGGAAAGAAGAUGAUUAUGAUAUUGUAUUUCUUAGUCUUUUUUUAGGGAAAAAUGGUAAUGAAUUGUGGCUUAAUGAAGUCUAGUACUGUCAACAUUUUAAAUGCCCUUUAUGUUGUAUCUGUCAUAUUUGUUUUAGCGGGGUUUUUUAGCUGCUAAAAUGGACUUGAAGUCCAGAAUCGCCCGUCGACCAGACCCUUGUUCAUGCCUGUUGUCACAAAUGAUGAAUUGGAAAAGGCUCCUUCACACUGCAUUGUACCAAUGCACUGAUAUUGAAUACAUUUCACCGUUUGUCAAAUUAGAGUAUUUGGAAUAUCUUUUGUUUUUAAUUAUUAUUAUUAUCAUUUUCAUUUUUAUUUGUUGCCCCUUUUUGCUGAUGACUAGCAGCCAGAUCACAAAGUUAACACUGGUAGUUUUGGGUGCUGCGGCGCACACAGAAGGCCGAGAGACGUGUGUGUGUGUGUGUGUGUGUGUGUGUGUGUCGCCAUCAAGCGCCUCCUUUGGUCUCUUGACGGGACCUCGGUGGUGAAGUGUGCACGGCAUCCUUGCUGAAUGAAGUGAAGGGCCUGUUCUGGCGACCGUGCUGAGUGUGUUGUGUGUGGAUGAAAAGCACUUUAUCAGUUUCGGAGCCUGGGGGUGUGUGUGGGGGGAGGGCGGGAGGGUGUAUUGGCCACUCCUUCCCCAAUUGGCCAAGCCCUUAGGCUCCUCCCCAUCUUUACCUGUUUGCCAAAGAAGUGCUAUUUACUGAAGGGAACUGACUGCAAGAAAAAAAAAGACAUCUAUUUUUGUUUACAAUAGAACUACAAUACAGGCAUUGUUUUUACUUCUGUAUCUCUUUGGCAUCUUAGGACGUACUUUUGCUCUGCUCUGAUCGCUAGAAUGAAGGAUUUUUUUCGUGUACUAUAAUCAAGUUAUUUUUCUGCUUUUUUUUUGGCUUUGCGGACAACUCUCAGGAGGCACAGGGUGUGUGUGGAGUGGUGUUUCGUUCAGAAGGGGUUGAUGUUUUGUUUGUUUUCGUUUUUGUUUGUUUCCUACUGCAGACGUUUUUCUGCUCAUUUUGACACCUGAGAACUUGAGAGCUGUUACAUGUUGUCCUUGUUUAUUUUUUUCCCCAAAUUAUUACACAGCGACAUGUCCCACAGUCAUCACACACACACACACACACACACACUCAUAUACAUACACACACACACACACACACACACACAAACAUUCCUCUGCAGUUUUUUAACAGCCUCCAUAUCAUCUUUGGUUUAACGGCGUGGCCAAAUCUGUUGCAUUGUAUGAUCGUUUCUGCCAGUGUUUUGGCAUGAAGGCAUUUUAGUGCAAUAGCAGGAAAAUAAUGGUUUAAAUGGUUCAUGUUUUUAAAUAAAGCUAAUGCUGUUCAUUUCUA